GGAACCUGGCAAAGAGAUUCUCCUGCAAAGCAUUCAUAUAUAUUUGUUUUAUUUAUGACAUUAUCACUUCUCUGGAAGAAUCCAAUAUCAUGUCGUUUAAGUCAUUGAAAAUCUAUUACGAAUUUUGCUCAUGUAACAGCUUUUGGCUGCUUUAUCCAACUCAAAAAUCAAAGGACCUAGCAUGACUUUUAAAGAGGAAAUAGCAAGUGACUUUCUGGUGUGAGCUGACUCGCAAGUUGAGAGUUUAUGAUGAGACGGUUCCUCAGAUUUGACUGUGCUUUUUCUUGUUUGCUUCGCCUUGUCUUUUACCACUAUGUGCUUAUCCUGUCUGUUUGUCUUCUUGUCAUGCAACUGACUCAGUUGUUUGCUUUAAAUUGCCGGAGCAUUUUCUUUUCUUCCAUCUACCAUCAGAUGUCCUUUUGCCUCAAGUUAUGAUCAAAAGCAAGAGCUGAGCAUAAUGCAACUCAAAAAGUAUCAUCAAUCUUCAGACCAUCUGCUCUGAGUAUUCUUCUACAAGCUUUGCAUCACCUCCUAUUUGGCUUUGUUUAGACUAAUUUCAUGGUUUUGUAAUAGACCCUUCAAAAUGCAGCCAUCUAAAUUUGGAGGAGAAGAGAGAGCUAGUUCAUGAAAUAUCACGGUGGGCUGACAGUGCACCUGAAAUUCUCCAGUCGUGGAGUCGUCGGGAGCUUCUCCAACUAAUUUGUGCUGAGAUGGGAAGAGAAAGGAAGUACACUGGAGUAAGCAAGCCUAAGAUGAUUGAACAUUUGCUUAAGCUAGUUUCUCGAAAUAUUGGAAAAGAAGAUAUAGCAAGCCCUUUAUCGAUCAUACCAAAGAGUCAAAACGGAUUGAAGAAGAAAAGGAAAAAAGAAAUUGCGAUACAGAUUGCUCCUGAUAUAACAACUCAUGCUAUGGUGAAAGUCACAGAAGAGCACAACACCACCUUAAUCUGCCAAAAUCCAGCUUGUCGAGCCACAUUAACUCUAGACGUCGGAUACUGUAAGCGAUGUUCUUGCUGCAUCUGCCAUCAUUACGAUGACAACAAGGAUCCUAGUCUAUGGUUAUUUUGCAAUUCAGAUCCUCCUUAUCGUGGAAAAUCAUGUGGUAUGUCAUGCCACUUGAAAUGUGCCCUUAAGCAUGAAAAAGCUGGCAUAUUGAAGACUGGGUGUUCCCCAAAAUUGGAUGCCAGCUUCUAUUGUGUUUGCUGUGGGAAAGCAAAUUGGCUGAUCGGAUGCUGGCGAAAACAGAUGCUCGCUGCAAAGGAGGCUAGGCGAGUUGAUGUAUUAUGUGAGCGCUUAUUUCUGUCUCACAAAAUGCUCAAAGGAACUGAAUGCUACAAAGAGCUACAAAGUGUUGUCAACUUGGCUGUAAGGAUACUCAAGAAAGAAGUUGGACCUCUUGCCAAGGUCUCGACGGUAAUGGCACGGGGCAUAGUCAACCGACUUAAUUGUGGUGCAGAAGUUCAAAGGCUCUGUGCCUCUGCGCUGGAGGUCGCGGACUCCCUACUUACCACUUCUUCUGACCUACCGAAUGCUCCUGUUGGUAAAGGCUUCCAAGCAUUCCAUAUUGAUUUUGAAGACAUAUCUCCAUUCUCUGUCGUAGUGUCUCUUCAAUCCCAAGAUGAUAUGUUCGAAGAAAACAUUAUAGGUUGUUCGCUUUGGUAUCGAAAGUACGAUGAAGUAAGCUAUCCAGAAGAACCCACCUGCCUUGUACUGAGGCCGGAUACGAAGAUUAUGAUAUCGGGACUUAGCCCUACAACUGAAUAUUACUUCAGAGUUUCUCCUUUUAGUAGCAUCAAGGAGCUUGGUAAGUGGGAGGCCAAAUGUGUGACACAGGGCCUCAUUGGCAAUAGCGGCCAAUGCUCAACCCGGAACUCCGGUAGUGCUUACAUUGGCGAAGAAUUUAUUUUGUUUUCAAAGAAGGAACAGGACAUGGUUGAGCUACCAAUGAUCAUUCGAUCAGAUUCACAGAAAGGUUCAACAAACAACAGUGAUAACAACCAUGCCAAUCACCACAAGGUUUUACCGUCCGAGGAUGCCAGUGACAACAACGAAAGGCAUUUAACACUGCCAUCAAGUUUGGGGCCUUGUGAGGCGAAUGCCAAUGACACACCGGAUUCUGACAGCAAGAAGGAAUCAGCAGAGAGACAGUACGAGUAUUGCGUCAAGGUGAUCAGAUGGCUGGAAUGCGAGGGGCACAUGGAGAAGGAGUUCCGGGUGAAGUUCCUCACUUGGUUCAGUCUGAAAGCUACCCCUCAGGAACGAAGGGUUGUUAGCACGUUCAUCGAUGUUCUGAUCGACGAACCUGAGAGUCUGGUGGCCCAACUGAUGGAUGCUUUCAUGGAUGGCAUAUGCACAGGGGAGAAACCAUUGCUGCACAAAGGAUUAUGCACAAGGCUUUGGCACUAACCAUCAGCUUGCAACUGAACUCUGUGCCAACCAAUUUAACUGUCACGGAAUGGAAUUAGUUUCUUCUAAUUCAUUAUGAUUUUGAAGUAGAUUGAAGAUUGUGAUUGGUUUAACUCGUGUUGUUUCUUAGCCAUUUUGCUACUAGUUUGUGAAAUAAUAAAUGUUCAUAUAGCAAGGUUAAUAUUGUUCA